GCUGAACCAAAUCCAUUCCCGCUCAGUUUUAUUUUUCGAAUUACAAACUCAAAACUCCCCUUUGGAAAGUUGCAGUCUCCGUCUCAGAACUCAGAUCCAUUCGACAGAGGCAACAAUCAAUCCAUAAUAAAACAAAGAAAUGCCUCUCCCUUCGGAUCCGCUAGAGGCUUAUUCCGGCCUCUCCCUCUUUCCUCGAACCUUCGCUUCCUUUCCAAACCCUCCUCCACCUUACGACCCCCACGAUCUUCAACACCUUCACCAUUUUCUCAAAUCCAUGCCAUUGCAAUGUCCUGAUAAGCUUAUGGAGCAAGCCAAAGCAAUAGUAGAUAAUAGUUCUGAGCUCUUUAACUUGGAUAUGUCAGGCUCCGAUGCUGAAGUUUUGGAAAAUCCUCGAGAACGAAGACCGGCUUUAGGCCGUAAACGACCUCGUUUUUCUUUGAAACCUAACUCUAGUCUGCCUACUGUGAGUUUGGAACCGAGUAUAGACAUUGACAAAUUCAAGGAUCCAGAAGAAUUCUUUGUUGCUUUUGAAAAGGCUGAAAAUGCCAAAAGAGAAAUAGAGAAGCAGACAGGUGGUGUUCUAAUGGAUUUGGAUCAGAAUAUUCAGUCCAUGGCUGCACGGCCUCGUCGCCCUGGAAUAUUGCGGAGGUCGGUUAAAUAUAAACAUCGCUAUUCUACUCCUAUCUCCCCAGUAGAAAGCUUCGAAGAGGAAAUUCCCAGUCCAGUUUGCAAUUCGCAACCAGAAAAAUCAGACCAGAAUGUUGAAUUACAAGAGGAGUUGAGUGUGACUAACGCAGAGAACAAGGUUAAUGAACUUCUGGAUCAUUUGCUUACCAGUACUUGUGAUGGGGAUGAGGCAAUCAGUCUUCUUCAAGAGCAGUUGCAGAUCAAACCUAUUGAUCUGGAGAAAAUAUGCCUUCCUGACUUGCAGGAUAUUCGAAGGAUUGAUUUGAAGGCUUCUAGAGAAAACUUAGCCAAGCCUAGAAAUUCACUAUCGGACAUAGAAAAUUUGUUCAAAGGGAUCAGUAAAAGGACACCAAAGCGAAAGGCUGAAAGUUCAGUUCAUCUUUUAGCUUCUCCCACUCCACCGAGAAGUCCAUUGGCUUCGAUAUCAUUGCUGAAGAAACAAAAAUUGCAGUCUGAUGUACUAAGUGAUCCGUUUUCCGCUGAUGAUGUUAGACGAUCACCGGUGAGAAAUGCAUCUGGUACUGAAAGUAACAAUAGAGAAUCUGUUCAGGUUGAUACUGAAAAGGAACUAAGUGUGUCUCACAACAACGAUAGACGAACACCACAACAGCAGCCCAAAAGUUCAGCUCAUCAUUUAGCUUCUCCUACUCCUCCAAGAGACCCAUUGGCUUCAAUAUCAUUGCUACAUAAACAGAUGAUGCUGUCAGAUCCAGAAAGUGAACCUUUUUCAACUGAUAGUAUCGAUCAACCACCUAAGAGAAAUGCAUCUCCUAUUGAAAGUGUCAAUAAACAAUCUAGUCAGGUUCAUAAAAAGGAACAGAACAACUCUCACUUGCUAAGGUCUCCAUUAUUAGAAGCAAAUCAAACUGCAACUGCUAAUGCAAGUUCUGAGUUAGAUGGGAGAGAUUUUGCUGGCCUCUUUGACAAAUUUGUAAAUGAUAAUGCAAGAAGUUUUGAUUCUGGUAUUAAUGUUGUCUCUAGUGGAUCUCAGGCCAACUUAGAGAAUAACAGUUUAAGAAGGCCCGAAGUUGCAUCAGAUAGCCAUACAAUCAAACCAAACGAAUUUGGUGGAAGGGUGGAAGAUAUACCACCGGAAGCAGUUGUUUCUACCCAGACCCAAGUUAAUGUGGAAGGCUUAACCAUUGAUAAUUCAGGUGCCAUUCAGAAAGAGUCAGAUGAAUCUAGUCCUGCUAUUGAUGAGGACCGCUCUAUGGAUGGAUCUUUGAAAGCUGCAGAAAGUGGUGAGCAGCUGCUUGAGAAUAUGAAGGGCAAAAUAAAACGUCAGCCAUGCAAUAAACAUAAGGGGAAAAAACAUUCUCGAAGACAAAGCCUUGCAGGUUCUGGUACAACAUUUGAUCCUGAAGGGAGGAGACGAAGCACAAGGAUCAGGUCAAGACCUUUGGAAUUCUGGAAAGGUGAAAGAUUCUUAUAUGGACGUGUACAUUCAAGUUUGGCAACAGUAAUUGGGAUAAAGUACGAGUCCCCAGAGAAGGGUGAUGGUGGAAACCCUACUCUCAAAGUGAAGUCAUUUGUAAGCGAUGAGUACAAAGAGCUGAUUGAACUGGCUGCCAGGUUUUGAUACAAUUCUCUGUAUUGCCAAGACUAUCCUUCGCAGUUUUAGUUCUAGAAGAGUUUAUCAUAGCUUCUAAGAGGGGAACCACAAUGCCAAUGUACUUGCUAAAAUGAGCAGCAAUAUUAAUAAUACCCGCAAUCUAAAUGCUAGGAACUUAUGUGAUGAUUAUGUUGUCUACUUUGAAUGCUGGGAUGUUUUGAAAUCUCUUAUUUAAGCCCAUCUUUAUCGCUUU